AAAGGUCAGAUUUCCAGAGACAGCGGUUACGGGUUCGCGCGACUCCGAUUUCGCAUUCGCCGUCGAGCCCUAAAGUAUAAUCGGGGGAAGGGGAUACGAAACGGCUCGCGGGUCGCGGGUGGCGGUGGUAUCCCGAGAUUCCCGAGGUGUCCCGAGCCCGAGCUUGCCCCGCCUGCCCGAGCCCCGAGCCGGGAGCCCCGAGCCCGUGCCCGCCGCCCGGGGCCCGGGCGUAAGACGCGUAGGUUGAGAACGAUGCCCGUUCUCGCGCGAGUCGCAGACGCACGUAUUCCGCUUCCGCACCGAGAUCGCCGAGUCGCAUGACGAUUUCGCACGGCACGUGAACAACUGCACACUCGCAGUUAUGCGCUUCCAUUGUGAGAAUACAAGUGCUUUAUGGUGAUAAUAUGUCAAAACCAAACAUAAGGAAGAUAACGGCUGACCCUACGAAAUGUAAUACAGACUCUUCACGACGGCCGAGUGUGUUUGAGAGGUUGGGCACCAAACCAGCGAUCGCCGCCGUCGCCGCCGCCGCCGCUGCCGCCGCCGCCGCCGUUCAGAAUACAUCGGAUUACUGCAGAAAUUGGGCCCUCAACGGCAGUUGUUCCUACGGAAAGAGUUGCAAAUACGCAAACACACACACAUUGAUAAGCCCAUCCAAGCGUGCUAAGAAAGAUAAUGCGAUCGCAGGUGCAUCUGGGCUCAUUGAGGAUCCUUUCAAACGGCUCACAUCAAAGAUUGUGAAAAAGGCAUCGCAUAGUCCGGACUUGAACAUAGAAGAGUGGAAUCAGACAGAUCUCGAGUACGAGGACGAGAAGGUAUUGGAGAGACGGCGGCAAUUGUUACAACGGGAACUGGAAUUACAAAUGAAGAAGGACAAAGAAGUACAUGGCAAGGAUAAAGUAAGACAGAAGAAAAAAGCUAUGAGCUCCUCCUCUAGUUCGCGCACAUCCAGCACAUCUAGCAGUAGCAGCAGCUCCAGCAGCGAAGACUCAUCUUCUACGUCGACGUCGGACUCACAUAAGAAAAUUAAAAAGAUCAAGACCAAGAGACAUCAUGCUAUUUCCGCCGAUUACAACGAGGAUAAAGACAGAAAGAGAAAAUUGAAGCUCAAGAGAUUAGGAACGAGAAACGACAAAGCCAUCAACAAGAAGAAACGUAAACUCGAGAACACGUCCACGAAGAAGGACCUUAUCGCGAGAUCAGUCAAAAAGUAUGGUUCGUCGUCUGUAUCCAGGAAGCAUUCCAGUUCGUUGCGCGCUAGAUCACCCGCGAUACAACAGGGAUCUACGAGUGGAGUCACGUCUACGACGGCCGCAACGUUGGGCUCGCAGGUUUCUGUGGCGCAUCGCGCGUCAUCGUCCAGCAAAAUCCGGGAAAAAAACAGGAGCGAAUCGCCGAAAGCGGUGAAAAGUAAUCGGGAAGUGGACAAGGAGGAUGGCAGGCAUUACAAGAAAGUGCGUGAUAUGGACGAGUGUUUGUCCAAGGACGCUGUCAAGUGCAAGUCAUUCGAUAAAAUCAAGGAACAACAGGAGAAAGAAAAGAACCGCGCUAUUGACGAAAAGACCAAGUCAGAUGAUCGGUUGAGAUCCAAAUGCAAGGACAAGGAUGUGCGUUCGCGUACGCCGCCGCCGCCGCCGUCGUCAUCGGAGCGGUCAUCCAAGUACCAACACGUCAAGGAGAGUGCGUCGUCGAAGACACAACGCAGCCGAACGCCAUCGAGGACGAGGCGCGAUCUCACCCCGGCAAAGAAUCCAGAGAAGCAAACCAACUCGUCAAAUCGUGUUGCGAGAGACGCAGAGAAGAAAGAUCGCGACUCGCACAAAAGAGAUAAGAGCAAAGAACGAGAUGACGCGAGAAAGACGGAGCAGACGUCUUCCGGCAAAGCGAAACAAACAGUGACUUCGAAUCAGGACGAAAGCUAUCGAAGGAGCAACACGAGCAAGGACAAUUUCGACGAUAAGACUUACGGCGGCGACAAAGCGCGGCAGAAGAGCCGCGAGCGUCAGCGCGAGAAGGAGACGAGAGACGAGCGUCCGUCGAGAUUGAAUCGCGAUCAGCGUCAAGAACCUCAGCGUGACAAGGAUAAGGAUGAAUCUCAGGAGCGUUGUCGUAACGAGAGGCAGCGCGAGCGGGAUCGUGAUCGGGAUCGGGACCGAGAUCGAGAGAGAGAACGCGAACGCGACAGGGAGAGGGAUAGGGAUCGCGAGCGAGAACGAGAGCGUGAUCGUGAGCGGGAAAGAGAGCGAGAGAUACGAGAGCGGGAUCGUGACCGGGAUCGAGAAAGAGACAAGUCUAUGAAGUCGCGAGAGAGAGACGUGCCUGCGGUGGUAUCGCCCGCAGCGUUGAGCCUAUCAGCAGACAAGAGUUCACGUUACAGCAGUAGUAGAAUCAAGGAACGAUCCUUAGGCAAAGAUGUGUCGUUUGAAAAGAGCGGCGGCACUCGCGAGCGGAGCAGGAGCGAACGGGAACGGGAACGAUCCGAGACAAAGGCUCUCGCCGAACGGGAACGGAGCUCCACGCAAUCACGUCUAGACGGAAGGUAUGAAAGAAGCGGCGGCGGCGGCGGCGGCGGCGGCGUCGUCGAGAAGGACGUAUCGUCGAGUCGCGGCAAGUCCACCGUCAACUCACCCCGGGAUCGCAUGGAUCGUUUUCGGGAUACGUCUUUGGAUCGUGGGUCCUUGCACGACAAGAGUGGACAUGUCGCGACGUCGUCGAGCGUUCAAUCAACAGCGACGUUACCGCCCGUUCCUCCGGCUUCAUCUUCCUCGUCGGUAGUGGCUGUGACACCCACUCUACCUCGCGAUCAUCUAAUGGACAUGGUGGACAGUCACUAUGACAGGGAUCGGCACAGAAGGUUCGGUGUGAGAUACGAACGGGGUCACACGUCGGAGCACAGCGGCAGAAAGGACCAGGCGCGAAUCGAAUCUAGUCGCGUUCCGAGCAAGAUCGACCGGAUAGUGGAUCGUCGAGACGCGACCAGUCCGCGACGCGCCAUGGAAGUGGACAGGAAUUUUGGUAGGAACUAUGGCAGACUGCAGACCGAACACUGGGACGAGCAGGAGGAGCCGGCUCCACAUGUCGAGUAUCGGGAUCACAGUCACAUCCACGAGGAUGACAGGAGAAAGACCAUCGAGGGCAGAAGGUACGACAGUCCCUUCGAGGAAAGACGCGUUGCUCGCGACGAGAGGUCCAGAGAGUCGAGAUACGUGAUUCAAACUACAGAACGAGCAUCCUUCGACGAUCAUCGUCAUCAUCACCAUCAUCAUCGACAUCCUCUCUACCCUGGCGAUAAAUUGAGAAGUGGUGGAGCCAAUAUUAGAGAUGAAACUGUUUCUAACGAUAAUUGGGAGGGACACCAUCGUGAUGUGGAACACGGUCGAGAUCGUGGUUAUCAGACAGUGGAAUGGGAGGAGAGAGAAUGGCGUCCUAGAACGUUAUGGGAAGGCAGAGACAGUCUUCCUCGUUCAGAGAUACAUGAUGAUGAAUGGAAUUCCCGAUACGAUAAUCCUGUAGGCGACUGGAAAUCCAACGAUGCCCGGAAAUGGGAUAAUCAGAACAUGCACGUUCGAUCACAUUACAGGAACGAGCGCUCGAAGGAUUUGGAGCACGGAGAAUCUACGCAACAUAGCAAAAGACGAUCGUACAAUGCGCCGGAAACAAGAGAAGAGCCGCCGGCGAUUCAUCCUUCUGCUAAGCAAGCAGCUAUUUACGGCAGCAUGAAGGAAGAACCUAUCAACAAAAAGCUGAUGGAACUCGCUGAAGGUAGAUUGUGCACAACUACUAGAGAAAAAUCUACGGAUAGUUUCCAAAAGAAAAAUUCGCAAAAGGAUAAACCUGAAAUCAAGGAACCCGUUGCGGUGGAACCGAAGCGUCCCAUCGCCGAUGAAUCCUUGCAGACUCUUCAUACUGAAAGCGAUUUGAGUGAUAUUAGCGACGAUCCUGAUGAUAUAUUGAAUAUGGAAGAAGAUACCACGGAUAUGGAAACUAAUAAAACACGAACAAAUAAGAAAGCAUCGGAUGCUGCGCAUCGCGAUGCGCAAUCAACUGUUCAGGAGCCGGCUCAGUUAUCUCCGAAAGAACCUGCGGAAGAAAAUAUUUUUACUUCAAAAUCUAAGGAUAAUGCCGAUACAGUAUCAUUGAAGAAUAUGGAAGAUGAUAAUAUGGAGACUAUGGACUUUGAAGAAAUUUCUGACGGCGAGUUGGAGGAAGACAUUAAAACGAGCGGCAAAGGAUUAGGUGAUGCCUUAGGAGUCGAUUGGGAAUCUCUCGUGAAGGAAACACAAGCAAAGCGAAUUGUCCCGUCUAAUCAAGAUUCUGCAGAGAAUCGAUGGCAGUGUAAAGCUAUCUUCUAUAGAAUUGGUAUAUCUAAGAAAUACGCGGGCGAAGAUUUCGUGAAAAAAUUGCUAAAAAAGUAUGAGAAGAACGAUCAUAAAGAAUUUUUGCUGAAUGAUAUUGCGCUAAUGCACACAGCGCUCGCGCGAAAUCGGUUGCUUCAGGAUUUAGGCAAUGGCGCGAUACAUGCUGUAGAUGAUACUUUGUAUAGAAAUAAUAAUGCGAGUUACGAUGAAGACAUCGACUAUGAUUGGGAAACAUUGAAGCCAAGUACUGCCUUGUGCGAAGAAGCAAAAUGUUUAUUACAGCAAGUAAUAUGAACAAGUAAUGAGAUUUGUACAUAAAGUUGUGAAUGGCCA